AUGCUUCCCACAAGAGUACUACGAGCCGCACGCGGCAAGGCCAACAUCACCGGCUUCAACAUGCGUCACUUCAAGGAGGCUGCCGGAGCUCCUCGCUACGACCCCUGGGAGAGAGCUGAUGCCUGGCGUUUCCAGGGCCCUUUCACACGCUUCAACCGCUUCAAGGGCUCGCUGCCCGGCCUCGGCACGGCUACUGUUCUCUUCGCUGGAUACUGCGCCUACGAGCACUUCUUCAUGGAGGAUGAGCACCACGGCGAAGGCCACGGUGAGGGUCACCAUUAA